AGAUCCGGAAAGCGCCGGGCACAUGACACAAGCUCGGUGCAAACUCGUGGCUUCCGCGGAGGCCAUGAGCCCAAACCGGGUGAUGUGUUUAUUGCUGUGAUGGGUGUGACUGGCUCUGGAAAGAGUUCAUUCAUCUCCAUCUGCUCAGGCGAGCCUGUCGAGAUCGGACAUUCCUUGGAUGCAUGUACGUGGAAUAUUAUGGGAAACACCGUCUCAAUCACCUUUCGCAAAGCAGGUACUGCGAAGGUGGACGUGUAUGCGUAUAAGCUCUCGUCCAGUCGAACCGUAUAUCUGAUUGACACGCCUGGCUUUGACGAUACCAAUAAAAAGGAUACAGUGAUUUUGAGUGAGAUUGCAACAUGGCUUGGCGAUUCCUAUCAAAGCAACAUUCUCCUCCAUGGCAUAAUAUACCUCCAUCGCAUCACCGAUGUCCGGAUGCCAGGAUCUGCGAUCAGGAACCUUGAUAUGUUCAGGAAGCUAUGCGGCGACGACGUCUUCAAGAAAGUUAUCCUUGUCACGACAAUGUGGGACACAGUCUCAACCGAUGUGGGGGUUCGACGUGAAACGCAGCUGAAGAAGGAUGAAAAGAUGUGGGCCCCUAUGGUGAGGAAGGGGAGUUCCUGCCAUCGACACAAUAACACCGAGUCCUCCGCUAGAGAUAUUAUACAGCUACUGGCUAAACACAACAGUCCUAUUGUUACAGACAUACAAAGACAGCUGGUGGACAAGAAGCUCGAUCUCAAUCAGACCUCUGCUGGGCAAGUCCUGCAAAGCGAGACUAUGAAAGAGGCGGCGAGGUUAAUGAAGGAACUACGAGAGUUCGAAGCAUUAGAGCGAGAGGCUCAGCGCGAGAAGGAUAUGGAGAAAGAAGAGAUAAUGCGCGAGGAGGCUAAACAGCGUGCCGAGAUGAUAAAGAAGGCCAAUGAGGAUAUGGCAGCGCUGCGAGCAAAUAUAGACGAGUUGCUCGCUCAACGCGAUGAGCGCGAGGCACAAUUGGGAAAACGGCUGGAAGAGCGGCUAGAAAGGGAAAUGCAGAAGAGACAGGCUUCUUAUGAUCAACAAAUUCAACGUCUCCGGGAAGAGAAGAAAGGUGAGGUGGAAUAUGUCGACGAGCAAGAGGCAGAACCGCGACGUCAAUCAAGCUUCUUUAAAUUUGGAAAGACGAAAGCCGAGAAAAGGGCCGAAAAAGAGAGGAAAGCUGAAGAGGCAGUUGAACAGUACUGGAAGACUAGACAACAGUCCAAGUCUCUAAGUGCAGGCUACUCUCCUUACUCGGUAUCCAUGGGGCGUCAACUAUGCGCUCUUAGUGGCCCGAAACAUUAUUGGUGUCUCGACCGGCACGGAAUCCAGAAUCUGGAAUUUUGUGUCCUCGGCCCUGGACAGAAAUACUAUGCUCGGUGGGCGAAUAAUGCAUGGUUUUCUCGGGCAUCAGACGAACUUCACGAUGUGUUGGAAGAAGUGAUCAAUCGACCCAAUAAACCAAGAAUUCGCGCUCUGGCAUUUGGAUACGGUAACUCCUAUGUCCUUUCGUUUGGAUCCGCCACGGGGACAAAAGUCAACGGCAGAUGGGGCAACCACUGGAACACAAAGGGAUACUAUCCCGACCUGUCCGAUUUCCUCUCGGGAAGCGGUCCCUUGACUAUACUGGCCGUUGCACUUGACCCGCAUAGCACGACUGAUUUUAUCCUGGUCUACCAAGCUGCAUCCGGCCAGCCAUGCUUGCUGUUCUUCUGCUCUGACUCUUACAGGUGUCAAGUCAUCAAUAAUUGGUGGGAUAAGGAACGCGGGAGUUCUAAGGCUUCACCGGCUCCGACGCGUGAGGAGCCUGCAGACAAUUCAUUAAUCUUAUCAGGCGCUAUGGGGGAAAUGAUCUCGGAUACCGCACGUAUCUACCUACGAGCAGUACCUAUAUGA